AUGAAAAAUGAAGAUAUAUCUGAAAGGGAAACCUUACUUAAAUAUAAAUUAAAUAACUCAAAUAAGAAAAGAAACAAAGAUUGGAAAGAGAAAGUUGCAUCAAUAAUCAAAACGGGUAAUAAAAAUGAUGCAUCUCAACAUGACGUUUCUAGUCCUAUUAAUACUGAGAGCACCUCUAUAUUUAAUUUCAGAAAAUUUAAAUUUUUCACUAAAUCUAAAAAUAUAUGCAAAGUAAAAUCAAAUAAUUCAAAAGAAUUUAGCAUUUUUUCUAACGGUGCAAAAGAAAAUAUGGAAAAAUUUUCAUUAAAAGAACAAAGUUCAAAUGAUGAUAAAUUAUCUAUUGAUAAAUGCAGUAAGGAUAACAUUAGCAAACAAAGUACAAUUAAAAUUUCUAAAAAUGACAUUAAGGAAUUAAAAAAAUCUAAAAGUUCCAUAAAUACUAAAGUAGAUAUAAACCAUUCAGAUAAUAAUAAAAAAAAUUCAAAAUAUUUAACGAAAGGCAAUUAUAGUCAUGCCAACUCAUAUAAUAAAAGUGUUAAAGCACCUUCGGUAAAAAUUUUUGAAAAAAACAAAAUAGUAUCUUUAUAUAGAGAUCCUAAUAAAAAUAUAAAUUUAACUGAAAACAAAACAUUAAUAAAAAAUAUUAUUAAAACAGAACCGAAAAAUUUUUCUAAAAAAUUUGUGAAUAAUAAUAAUUUGAAUGAAAAAAAAUCAACAAAUUUCAAUAAAAAUAAAAAUGAAGAUUUUGAUGAUGAAAAAUUAAAAUUUUCAUCCAAAAUAACUGUUAAUGAUAAUAAGUUACAUGGCAAUAAAGCAUAUUUAAAUAAUAAUACAAAUGAAAAUUUUCUUCUAUCAAAUAAAAAUAAUACGAGUAUGGAAUUAAGGAAAAAGUAUUCAAAUAAUAUAUUAGAUAGGAACUUAAAAAUAAAUAAAACAUAUAAUGAUAAUAGUAAUAUUAAAAAUUCAAAUUCUAUAAAUAAUCUAAAAUUGAAAAAAAAUGAUCUAGUUAAAAGAGCAGAUAUAAUUAUAAAAAAACAAAUUAUUACAACAGAUGAGUUAUUAAAUGCAGAUAAUUUAAAAAGUCUACAUCGUAUGAAUACAAAAGAAUUAAUGAAUAUGGAAAUUCCAUUUAAGUUAGAUCCUCCUAAUUUAUUUUGUGAAAAUGCUUACAAUAUAAGUCCUUUGACACCUAUUGAAGAAAAAAUUGAUAUGGUACACUCUAUUUUGAACAAUCAUAAAAACGAAAUAAUAACAUUAUUAAAUUCAUGCAUAGAUAAUAACAAGCAAUGUUCUGAGAUGUUAAAAAUAGUUUUAGAUGCCCUAAUUGAAGGAGAAAAUUCCAUUGCUUCAAAAUUAAAUAAAAACAAAUCUCUACAAAAUGAAAUAGUUACAGAAUUAGAACAAAUUUUAACGUCCGUCAAUCAAAAUUAA